AUGGCAGAGGCCUUUGCGGCCAAGCCCUGGCGAGCGAAACUCGCGGACGGCGCGGGCCAGCGGAACGUCCUGGCCCAGGUCUUCUUUGAUCAGUUUGUGCAUCAUCCCUUCCUGCUUUACCCCGCCUUCUACCAAGUGAAAGAGCUCAUUGAGGGCGGAACCCCGCUGCAAGGAUGGCAGAAAUAUCGCCGCAAUCAGUUGGAGGACAUGAAGCUGACUUGGUCCGUUUGGAUUCCGGUCUUCCUCGUGAACUUUUCCUUCAGCCCCAUCUGGCUCCGGGUCCCGGUGGUUGCCGUGGUCUCCUUCGGCUUCACAGCGGCACUCUCCUGCCUGCGAGGAGCUCCAGAGGAAUAG